AUCGUAUGGAUCGCGCGAGAGGUAGUUACCCUAUCCGGCGUGACCCGGAGGGAAUCCGUCCUUAAUUCCCGCGGAAGGCACGGUGGCUGUCAGCCGACGCGGCCGAACGCGCAGCCCUUCCGCGAGGACUGCACACACCCACCCUGUGCGAGUACCCUGUUUCGCAUUGCGCCUGCCAAAGCUCGCUCGCAGCCCGGUGGAUAGUCUAUAACCCUGUGAUGAAGUGCCUCCUCCCUCAUGCGAGCUGUGAUAGACGGAUGAGCUCGAACACGUGAAGCGCCGCAAACGGAGGGAAUCACACACGACCUAUGCCCCCGAGAGAGCCGCCGACAGCUUGAAGAUUGAAAUCGUAACAGUGACACGUGAGAGAGGCAAGGGGAACCCGCGCGAUCAUGGAGAACUCGAAGGAGGAGAGCAUUAAUAUGCAGCUGAUCGCUUCUCAGAGUCCUUACAAGGAGAACAGUGAGAUCGUUACGAGCGCGGUAAAUAAUACGGAAGUCGUAUUAUCCCCGACCGCGAACGGGGAAGACUAUGACCCUCACAAGCACCGCAACCGGCCGAAUCCCACUUCGAACGCCGAGACUCUGAUUCACUUGCUGAAGGGUAGCUUGGGCACGGGGAUAUUAGCAAUGCCGAAUGCAUUUUGCAAUAGCGGCCUCCUGGUCGGCGUGAUAGCCACGAUUAUCAUAGGCGCGCUGUGCACCUACUGCUUGCACGUACUCGUCAAGGCGCAGUACAAACUGUGCAAGCGAUUGAGGGUUCCUAUACUGAGUUAUCCGCACAGCAUGAAAUUCGCGCUCGAGCUAGGUCCUCGAUGCGUGAGCUGGUUUGCGCCCUACGCACCAGGACUCGUAGACGGGUUUAUGAUAAUCUAUCAAUUGGGAAUUUGCUGCGUUUAUAUCGUAUUUGUAGCAACAAAUAUAAAACAGGUGACAGACCAGUACUGGGAACCUUUGGCGAUUACGACCCACAUGCUCAUUUUGUUGCUUCCGCUGAUUUUGAUAAACUACAUUCGAAAUCUCAAGUUACUGGCGCCGUUUUCCACGCUGGCGAACCUUAUCACGUUCGUCGGCCUCGCCAUGACACUAGUGUACAUGUUUGACGAUCUACCGCCGAUCAGCGAGAGGGAGAUGUUCGGUACAUUGCGAAAUUUUUCCCUCUAUUUUGGAACGACGUUAUUUGCGUUAGAAGCCGUCGGCGUGAUUAUCGCACUGGAGAACAAUAUGAAGACGCCGCAGUACUUCGGCGGCUACUGCGGCGUGCUGAACAUCGGGAUGAUCGUGAUCGUCAUCCUCUACAUAGCGAUGGGAUUUUUCGGCUACCUUAAGUACGGAUCCGCGGCCGCAGGAAGCGUCACUUUCAAUCUGCCGGAGGAGGAAAUUAUGGCCCAGAGCAUCAAGAUAAUGUUCGCUAUCGCGAUAUUCAUAACGUACGCCCUGCAGGCCUACGUGCCGGUCGAGAUUCUGUGGAACACCUACUUGGAUCAUCGGGUGCGAAGUGGCAAGCUUUUCUGGGAGUACGUGUGUAGGACCGUCGUUACUUUGGCUACAUUCGUAUUGGCGAUCACCAUACCGCGGCUCGGCCUAUUUAUCUCCCUGUUCGGCGCGCUCUGCCUAUCCGCCCUCGGCAUCGCUUUCCCGGCGAUAAUCGAGAUAUGCGUGCUUUGGCCGGACAAUGAUUUCGGUCCCCUCAAAUUCAUGAUGAUCAAGAACAUCCUACUCAUCGUGUUCGGGCUGAUAGGCCUCGUGGUGGGGACCUACGUCAGUAUCGUGGACAUAGUGAACUCCUUCAAGUGAACCCGCGCGUCGAGAGCCUGCGACGAGAGAGAAAACCCCCAGCCCCUCCCCCACAGGAAAAGAGAAAGGAAGAGGAAACAACAGCGCGCGGAAUCAAUCCGGAGGAUAUUAGUUGUUAAUAGAGAGCCGUACACGCGCGCGAAAGCGCGAGCCAGGCUUUUGCGGCUUGCUGACGAGGAAAAGCCGGCGGCCAGCCCGGAGCGCGACAUUGUCCGGGCUGCGGAACGCUCUCCGAAGUUCUCGUCACCGCCAGCAGUUUACUUAGAUACUUUCACCGGGUAGCGGUCAGUAGACUUUUUAGCGCGCCAGUCGGCCGAACAGCACGCUCGAAAUCUCGCGAGACAUGCGACAGCCUCCGGGAUCGGAGAUGCGAUGAUCUGUGAUGAAAAGCUCUCUUUCGAAGCGUUCGCCGGCGCCUGCGCGUACGAAUGUGCAGUCGGCCGAUUAAGCGGGCAAUUACAUGCAGAAGUCCGUCUUCAAGGCUAUCUUUACGAAUUUUUCUAAAAUCAGAAACAAUCAGAUCAAUGGACUUGAAAUUUUCACAGUGUAUUCAUUAAUGUUCAAAGUAGAAAAUAAAUUUUAUUGAAUCACAAGAAUUGAACCAAUCUGUAAUUAUAGAUAGAAAUGCAGUCAAUCCGUUUGCGAGCUCUAUGUUUGCUAUCGACAUAAUUCCGGGCCUCUCACUACUCUGAAACCAAAAACUGAGAAAGAUUUCUUAAAUGUACGGUUGCCCAUUAUACGUAUAGCCCGCACCAAAAUGAAGGCAAUGAAGCCAAAUUUGGAAAAAUAAUGACCAUAUAAAAAAAAAAAGUAUCGAAAAUGA